CUCUAUAUUAAGCUCUUCCACAUUCGAAAACAAAAAAAAAAUUAGAUAUUUGAUAAAUCAAUCAAAACAACACCAAAAACACAAAAAGAAAACUCUAAAGUCUCUCUUGCGAAAAUGUAUGGACAGUGCAAUAUAGAAUCAGAUUACGAUUUGUUAGAGAUGGUGCGAUGUCACUUGCUAGGUGGAGAGAACGAGCUGCGGCUCAAUGAGUCGAUACCGAGUUCGUGUCUCAGUGAGAGCUGGGGAGAUUUGCCGUUGAAAGAGAACGAUUCAGAGGACAUGUUGGUCUACGGACUCCUCAAGGACGCCUUCCAUUUCGACACGUCAUCGUCGGACUUGAGCUGUCUCUACGAUUUUCCGGCGGUUAAAGUCGAGCCGACUGAGGUUUUGGCGACGGAGAAACCGAAAAAAGCGGUGAAGGUUGCGGCGGAAGCGCCGAAGGGGAAGCAUUACAGAGGAGUGAGACAGAGACCGUGGGGGAAGUUCGCGGCGGAGAUACGUGAUCCGGCGAAAAACGGAGCUAGGGUUUGGUUAGGGACGUUUGAGACGGCGGAAGAUGCGGCUUUGGCUUACGAUAGAGCUGCUUUUAGGAUGCGUGGCUCCCGCGCUUUGUUGAAUUUUCCGUUGAGGGUUAACUCCGGUGAACCUGACCCGGUUCGGAUCACGUCUAAGAGAUCUUCUUCCUCGUCGUCUUCGUCUAAUUCGUCUGAAAACGGGAAGAUGAAACGGAGGAGAAAAGCAGAGUAUCUGACGUCGGAGGUGAAGUGCGAGGCUGGUGAAGAGACACGUGUUGACGAGUUAUUGGUUUGAUUUAGUGUGAGUUUUGUAGUUGAAAGUUUUGUUAUAAAAUGUUAAAGAGGCCAAGAAGUAAAGUGUUCCCCUCAUGUAAAUUACUAUGCAAUAUGAAUUUGAUUUGUUUUUUUGUUUGUUGAAGUAACACUACUAAACAGAACCAACUACAUAACUAAACCUGAGUGUUAAUUUUUCAACCU